AUGGAGGAGGAGAACGUUCACACGGUGCAGCGCCUCUACCAAGUCUUUGACAAGAACCCACGAGGGGAGAUCGAUGCGGUGGGAUUCAGACAGAUGGCGUGGGUGCUGGGCGAGGACCUUUACGAGAGCGAGGCGCAGGCGUGCGUGGCCCGCCUCGAUCUCGACGGCAGUGGCGGCCUCUCCCUCCCCGAACUGCGCGCCUGGUGGGCGUCCCACGACAAAGCAGCCGACGCCGGCGAGGGAGCUACGGCCGACUCGGGCGUUCUUCCGGUGCUGCUGCAGCGGCUUCGAUCCACCUCCUACGUGCAGAUGGCACAGAAGGAGCAGCGUCGCAGAGUCGUGGACGAUCACACCUUUCGAGGGUGGGUGGUCUACGCGGAUAGGCUCAAGCUCGACGCGGAGGUGGGCGAGUUCGGAGAGGCGCGGAGUUCGGGGAGCGUGCGCUUCACGCUGGACCCGGAGACAGCGGCCGCGGCAAGGCAGGAGCUCAAGGCCCCGCCCAACUGCGUGGGGCUCAUCUCCAUCGGAUGCACCAUCCGCGGCGAUAUCGACGAGUUCGAAUUGGGCGAGCUGGCCGGGUCAAUCGCCAAUUUGCUCCUCAUGGCGAAGCCCCUCUUCAAGUUCCAUUCCCACAAAACGCAAAUGGGCAAGCAGAACGGCGAGCGGCUGAUGGUGCUGUCGCUCUUUUGGACCGACAUCGACGAGCUCGUGCAAAUCCGGUCGGCUCUCAUCGGCGCCGAACUCAAGGAAAUCGAGGGCACCAUCGAGCUCUCCCAAAAGCCUGGCGACCAGACCGACGACUUCGUGAAGGGCCGAGUGCGAGGCAAGCUGGCGGUGAGCGUGAACGUGGUGGCGUUCCUGAACGAGCUGCUCAACCGCUACAAGACCGACUUGUACCGCGCCAGGGUCAACAUGCUGGCGGCCUUCCGCGACCUGGACCUCAAGCUCAAGGUGGACAGCAUGGACGAGGCCUACCGCCGCUUCGCCAAGGACAUCCGGUACUUCCGCGACGUGCGCGGGCUGAGCUCGCUCAAGCAGCUCCUGCUGCCCGCCGUCGUGUCGCUCUACAACGACAACUCGAUACCGGCGCCGAUCAAGGACACCUACUUCAACGCCGUGGCCUCGCUGCGCGGCGUGGCCUCGCUCCAUCUCCAGAUGGACGACCAGGUCCUGCGCUUCGCCUUCGACAACGCCGACGUCGCCGCCCUGCUCCCCACCAAGGACGAGCUCGCCUCCUGGCGCGCCCCCAUCCCGCCCGUCACCCCAGCGGCCAAGAACCUGCGGCCGCUGUUUGGAACGAACGAGUACCGCGUGGCGGUAUUAGGACCCCGCCAGGUCGGAAAAUCGUCCCUCAUCGUACAAUUCACCCAGGUACCAAGGCAAAUUCAGGUGGAUGGCGCACCGGUCAACCUGGAACUCUGUGAUGCGGGCUCCGAAGAGAACACGCAAAUGAGGUGGGUGCUGCUGGUCGAUGCGGUGGUGCUGGUGUACAGUGUGACCGACCGAGCCUCUUUCGAGGCCAUGGAGGACUGGCGGAAGCGCAUUCUUCAGACCAAGGCCGGGUUGGCGAACAAGAUCGACCAGGCGGCGGCGGCGCGCAUGGUGAAGCCGGAGGAGGGGGCGGAGCUGGCCGCCAAGUGGGAGGACUCCCUCUUCUUCGAAGUCGACGCCACCCGCGGUGAGAGCCUGAGCAGCGCGUUCCUGGAGCUCGUCCUCGAGGUCAAGAGCCUCGAGGAGGCCGAUACCUCCGACGGCCACGAAUGGUUCCCCGCCCUCUAA